AAACAACAAGCAGCACAAAUAACAGUGUACAAAAUAUAUUACAAAAAAAAAAGAAAAGAAAAUACAGAAUACCUUGCAUAAAGAUAUCACAAAAACAGUUGUUAAGCAACUCUUACAACAGUAAUUAAUGUAAGAAAGAAAUCAAAACCGAAAAAAUAUAUAUGUUUUCUUCGAAAAACUGAAAAUCGAGUUGUGUGCUUCUUAGACUUAUUAAACUUAAUUGUGUGUAAUAGCGCGGAGUGUAGAAGAAAAUCUCUAUAGUGAACUUUUUAUACCCACACAUACACACACACACACAUACAUACAUACACACAAAUAUACAGAAACAUCGCCAAGGACGAACGCACCGUCACUUGAACGCAUCCAUAACUCACUUCAACGGCGGCUCAACGCGAGGCAGCGUAACAACGGCUCCCGCCAUGCCGAGUGGUGGACUUAAAUGGCGUCUUCAAUAAUUGCGCAGACCAGCGGCGGCACAGUAGAAACGUCAGCAACAACACAAGCGCUAACAACAACAACUUCAACAACAGCAGCGGCGGCGGCGGCGGCGGCGGCAGCUACAUCUAGCGGUCAUUUUGGUCAUUUAGGUCAAUACAGUAUACAACAACAACACUACGCGCACGCAUAUUUGCCGCCAUCAGCACAUCCACAAUUGUCACAUACGUUGGUGCAGCAGCAGCAGCAAUUGCAGCAACACCAACAACAACAAUACCUAUAUCAUCAACAGCAGCAACAGCAGCAGCAGCAGCAGCUUGUUGCCGAACACCAACCACAUUGGGAUUAUUAUGCACGCCAACAACAACAACAGCAGCAGCAGCAGCAACAUUUGCAACACUUGUCAUCAACCCAACCAAUACAACCGACACAAUUUCUACAGCACCAACAACAACAAUUACAACAGCGCGAACAUACCGCACGUGAAUCUGCUCAGGCUCGAUCCGCUACUCAGGAGCCUUUGUCGACAGGCAAUAGUGAGAGCGGGGGAAGCGACAAGGCGACCAGCAGAAGCAGCAACGGUGAGGUGCAGCAGAAGCACAGCAGCAACGGCGCCGAGAAGCCCCAGAACCGACAACACAGCAACAACAAUGAUCAACAGCAACACCAGCAACAGCAGCAGCAAUCGACUGUAAGCACACAGUCGAACGGCAACGCGCAUAACGGUAGCGGCAGCGGCAGCAGCAGCGGUAAUAGCAGCAGCGCCGCCGCCAACAAUAACAACAACAGCAAUAGCAACAAUAAUUACACACGUCCUUGGGAAAUGGAGACCAAGGACCAACAUAGUCACAGCAAUACAUUGAAGGGUGGCGGAAUCGGCAUCGGAAUCGGCAACGGCAGCGGUAAUGGCAAUGGCUUCGGUAACCUUAGCGGUGGUGGAGGGGGCUUUGAGCCCUUCUCCAAGUUGCCCUCUUUUCAAAGUCAAUUUCACGGCUACAACGACCCACUUAUGCCCGACGGCAUUACGCCCAUGGCUACGUCGUCCAUCUUACCGCCGUCGAUGUCCUCCCUACAAACGGUUGCCAUGUCGCCUGCCAGCAUAUCGGUCAGUUCGCCGGGUAUGGUCAGCGUAGGCUCGCCACUAACGCAACUGAGCAGUUUGCAGGCGAGUAUUACACCACCAUCGGUGGCUACAGCGGCCGCGGCGGCAGCAGCCACAUCUUCAUUUGCACCCCUAGCCGCGCCACCACCACCGCCGCCAAAUGCAUUUCAUCAUUUAAGCACAGGACAUCAUCGCAGCAGUUCCGCAUAUGCACCACUCAUGCCCACGAACACCGCCACUAUGGGUGGUUAUGGUGCAAGCGGUGGCUCUAUGGAUGAUGGUCGUCAUCAUUUGCCUUUGUAUCAAACACUCACACCUACAUAUGCUACUCCACCGCCACCCGGCGCACUCGCAUCGAUACCAAAUCAGCACUCCCUUGGCGGAGGCUUAGCCUGUUUAGGUGGUGGCCUAAGUGCAACACUCGGUGACAAGAAAGAUGUUACGCAAACAUUUGAUCUCAAUAAUGGAAACAAUGUUGGUGGUCUCACACUCGGCUCAUCGACAUCGCUCAAUUCAGCUAGUACCAACCUUACACCAAUGGGCAUGCAUACCCCAACCACGCCCUCGUACAUAGACGGUAGUGGAGGUGUCACAUUGAUGGAUACAUCAAAUGGCGCUGUGUCGGGUUAUCACACGCCCCACUCUACCCACUCCGGGGGUGGUGGCGGUUCCGGCAGUACCGGCGGCCCACACACACCGCAUACAACACAACCACAUACGCCAACGCCAUCCACGACGACCGCUCAGAUCAAAGUGGAAAAAGUGCUGAACUCACCAAUAGCUCGAGUGGAUGCACGUAAAAAAGAACGGCGGAAAAAUCGGGCGAAUUCGCUCGAGUCCAGCGCCGAGUCUGAGGCAAGUGCUAUGGAUGUGGAUCCCAGCAAUCCCGGCCAAGUGGAUGCGGUCUCGAGCACAGCCAACUUCAAGAGUCCACUAAGUGCACUAGGCAUGGGCGAUAGUAACGACACGAAUGGCGAAAAGCAGACUUCUGUCUUUCAGUCGAAGAAGAAACGCAAACGCUGCGGCGAAUGUAUCGGCUGUCAGCGCAAGGACAACUGCGGCGAGUGUGCGCCUUGUCGCAACGACAAAUCGCAUCAAAUCUGCAAGCAGCGUCGCUGCGAAAAGCUCACGGAGAAAAAGGAACCCAAAGCAAAACAAAUUAUUUAUGGUGCUGAUGGUCAACCGAUACGUGCGGAGAAACGCGGACGUGGUAAAGCGCGCAACGUCACAGGCAAUGGGACACCAACAACUGGGGCACGCGGUCGCAAAACUUCCACCGUCAAGUCGAAUAAAUUAAAUGCCGCCAACGGUGCUGCUACCGCCACAGCAGCUGCCUUAUCGCCACGUCAAGCCUCAGCAACUGUGACCGCAGCCAAUUCGGCGCUAAGUCCGUCAACACAAGCGUUAGCCGGCGCAGUUGUGCCACAUCAAUCGCCAAACACGAAUGCCGUACAGAAUAAUACAUUGUUAGGUGCCAAUCAACAGCAAUUAAAUACAUUGCAACAACAUCAACAGCAGCAGCAACAGUUGCAACAUCAACAACAUAGUCAACAGCAAGUACAGUCUGUGCAGCAGUUGCAACAACAUCAACAACAACAGCAAUCACAGCAUCAUCAACAUCAAUUGUCGCAGCAACAGCAACAGCAACAACAUCAGCAACACCAGCAGCAGCAACAGCAGCAACAACAUCAAUUGCAACAACAUCAAAUUACCGCACAAAUACAAACAAUGAAAGAUCAACCACAACAACCGAUGGCGCCCAUGGCCUUCUACCCCACAUGGCAGGCUGAUCCCUCACAGGGCUGGCAAAAUCAGUUCAUCCAACAAAUCCCACAGAACACUCCACCCAUCACAUCGCUCAACUCCUUGGAUUUCCAAACGCAAUCAUAUGCCUACCCAUCAAAUGGCUAUGUGCAGACCGGCCUCGGAUUUGAUCCGAACUAUGGUCGUUCGCCAUAUGGUGCACCCGUGCAGCGUUACGAUUUCCAAAGUCAACAACUAUCGACUGCACCCAUCAAUCAGGUGGGUUUACAGGGUGUGGGCUUCAGUCCGGCUGCCGUUACAUAUGCCGGUCAAGUGUCGACCGCCCCAGCACCGCCAGCCGUUGGAAUCCAACAGCAGCAGCACUUGGGUGUGUCUGGCGAUUUGAAUAAGACGAUGUCGGGAAACGACACGCCUGGAUAUCCGCGAGUGAGCAGCGUGCCGCCGCGCUCACUCAAUUGUAACGGGUAUUCAGGCGACUACAGCGGCUCAGGUCAACAGCAGCAGCAGCAACAACAACAACAACAACAACAACAGCAGCAGCAGCAGCAAACAACACCAAGUCAGAACUCAACGUCUGCAAUAGCCGGCUCUGCCAUUUCCGCCGGCAACAACUCGAGCACAACCUCACUGAAUGGUGGUCAGGCCACGGCAGCACCAUCAUCGGCUGUCAUUGAUCCCACGCAACCAAUGCAGCCACCAAGCGUCACCAAUGUGCCACAAUCACCGACGCGUAAUUUGAUGCAGCAGCAGCAGCAACAACAACAACCCCGCCAUGUUUCUCAAUCCCCAAAUCAUAUACCACAAUCGCCCAAUGGCAAUAUGCCUACAGCUCAGCAAACCUACGGCGCCAGCAUUCCACCUUCGCCACAUCACAAUGCCAUGCAACAACAGCAGCAGCAACAACAACAAGGGCAAAAUCACAUUGCAUCGCCGCCUCAAACGCAGCAGCAACAACAGCAGCAGCAGCAACAACAACAAGGGCAAAAUCACAUUGCAUCGCCGCCUCAAACGCAGCAGCAACAACAGCAGCAGCAGCAACAACAACAGCAGCAACAACAACAACAGCAGCAGAUUCAACAAGACUGGAGUUGGAACAGUCAGCCGCAGCAGCCCGGCACAAUUGGCGGCAUUGCUGGCGAUCCCUACCAACAGCAGGGCGAACGUGUCAACCUCAAUACGCGCAUAAAAUCGAUGAUACUGCGUAAGAAUGAUCCCAAAGAUCCACUAUCGAAUACGCCAGCCGCCGAACUGCAUAUGUCCAGCAAUCCAGCCAUUCUUGGUGCGAGCUCCAAUGCACUAAGCGGCUCGCAACAAUCGCAGACCGGUCAUUUUUUAUCGUAUAGCCACCAUCUCCGCGGCGACUCAGUAAUGAACGCCAAUGGUACGACUGGUUCUAAUGUGUCUGUCACACAAGCUGCACAGCAACAACAGCAGCAACAACAACAAAUGCAAGGUCUUCAAACCACCAGUAAUACGGGUUUGACACCUGGUCAUAGCACAUUAGCACCGGAAGCAAUAGGAGGUGGUGGCGAUCAAAUAUGGAAGCCACACCAUACGAACACUUUCAAGAAACCUGUGGCAAAUAGUUUCCCAACACCGGAACAUCACCAUCAACAUCAACAACAUACCACAAUCAGUCAUCACGGUGGACACACCACCAUUGCGCACACGGAUGCGCCGCCGAAGAAAUCGAGUCGUAAAAGUAAAAGUCGAGCGGCCGCCGCAGCGGAAGCCGCUGAACAUGAAAAGAAUAGCAACGACCCCGGCGGUGGACUGCAUGGUUCUCUACACGGCUCACACAGUUUAAAAUCAUUAGAAAAGACUGGCUACGCUCCCACGCAUGGCUAUCCGCCACCACAGCAUCCCGAUUAUCAUACACCAUAUAUCAAAACUGAGCCGGGCCUUCUGCCCGCACAACACACCAAAAUGGAGGGUUACGAACGCAACUAUCAGAAUUUCAUACAAUAUGCAGACUUCUGCCAGAACGAGGUGCAGGGCAUGCCAUCACAGCAACAACAUCACCAAAGUCAACAGGACUACGCAAGUUAUCACAACUCACCCUACUACGGCAGCUCCAGCUCCUUCCAACAGAGCUAUCAACAGAACUUCGUGCCCGGCUAUCAGCAUUCGUCCGCGGGUAUGGGUUAUGGCAGUACGCAUGGUAUGCACCCUCACCAUUCAAGCUCACUGGGGCAUGCCAGCCAUUUAAAAGCCUCCAAUGGCCCACUAAUGAAGUCCAGCAGUGGUGCUGGCUUACACCACCAUAACAAUCAUUUGAUGGACAUUGAUCGCAAACCCGACACAAAUAGCAUCAUACCCCUACCCACAAACUAUGAAAAAGACAUACCAGCACAUGCAUAUCCUAUACCACCACAUCGUUACCCACUCGGCCCGACUCCAACACAUCUGGGUCACUCUAUGAUUGAGCCAAAAAUCGAAGAUAUGGGCGUACUGUCACACAACCCUAGUUAUCCAUUUUUAGGCGAAGGUGGAUCGGCGGUCAUAAAGGGUGCGAGUGGUUUCUCCUGCUGUCGUCAGGGCAGUACGCGUGCGCCGACAGCUGAACAUCUCAAGGACGGCACUUGCACGGGCAUACAAACCAAGGAUGAGAUUAUGGACGAACCAAUUGAGGAGCCAGAAGUACACAGCGGCGCAAAGCCGAAAAAGAAAGGUGCGAAGCAGGAAGAUAAUGAAAUUGUGGUUAAACACGAGAAAAUCAAUCCUAUGUUUGAUACCUCAGAUAGGUUAGAGAAAGGCAACAAGACAGAGAUACCGGAGUGUGAAUGUUUUCAUUCCGACAAAAAUCCGCCCGAACCUGGCACAUACUAUACCCAUCUCGGUACUGCUUCGACUUUGGCCGAGCUGCGUAGAGAGUUCGAAGAACGCUGUCAAAUAUCCGGUAGGCAGUUGCGUAUAGAGAAAAUCAUCUACACGGGCAAGGAAGGUAAGACAACACAAGGUUGUCCUUUGGCUAAGUGGGUUAUUAGGCGUGCGGAUCCCGAGGAAAAAAUUUUGGUUGUAGUUAAAAAGCGACCGGGGCACAGGUGCACCGCUGCUUUCAUCAUCGUUUGCAUGGUUGCUUGGGAUGGCAUGCCGCGUCUAGAGGCGGAUAAUGCCUAUAAAAAUCUAAUACCAAAGCUCAAUAAGUUCGGACUUCCAACAACGCGUCGCUGUGCAACAAAUGAGAGUCGCACCUGCGCGUGUCAAGGUCUCGAUCCUGAAACAUCAGCUGCCUCUUACAGCUUCGGCUGUUCCUGGUCCAUGUACUAUAAUGGCUGUAAGUAUGCGCGCUCAAAGACGGUGCGCAAAUUCCGACUUUCCGUCAAAAGUGAGGAGUCGGCCAUUGAAGAUCACAUGAAUCUCUUGGCCACCGUGUUGGCGCCACUUUUCAAGCAAGUGUGCCCCCGCUCAUAUGACAAUCAAACUAAGUACGAGAAGGAAGCAACUGAUUGUCGACUUGGACUGGAGACAGGACGUCCUUUCUCGGGCGUUACCGCUUGCCUCGAUUUUUGUGCACAUGCUCAUAGAGAUUUGCACAAUAUGCAAGACGGCUGUACAGUUCAGGUGGCACUGUUGAAACCGUCCAACCGCGAUGGCCGUCCACCCGAUGAUGAGCAAUUGCAUGUGUUGCCGCUCUACACUAUGGACGCUACAGAUGAAUUCGAAAGCAUGGAAGGUCAGCGGGAGAAACAUCGCACCGGUGCGGUACAAGUGUUGGACAAAUUUCCCUGCGAAGUACGUGUUCGCUCGACGCCGCUCAUACCUUGUCGUCGCCAUGGUAAGAAGCGCAAAGAGGACGAGACACCUGCACCGGAGGCGGAAGCCGCAGCAGCUACAACCGCUACCACACCGACUACACCUUCACCUGCCGCCACCACGCAAUCCACAACAAAUACCGCCGCCAACAAUGCCAAUACAGGCAAUGGUAACAACGGUGCUGCAAAUUUAACGAAUAGCAACGCCACUACCGUUGCUACAGUGAACGCAGUGAACGGCAAGAAAGAAGGUGGAGUUGGUAACAGUAAAUCGAAGUCGAAAUCGAAGGCGGGCGCAGUUGUGAAUUCAGUCGCCACAACGCCAUCGUCAGCGCCGCCCUCGACCCCAUCGCCACGUUGUCAGACGCCAGUCACCAACAAUCCGAGUCCCGCUGGUAGCGCUUUCACCACGCCGCCGGUCAACAACACCAACAACACACAUAUGAAUACCGCGGUGAAUAACGCGGCAGGAGGUAACGCACCCAAUCAACUCAUGUCGUCCAAUUCCAGCCUAAUGAACAUGGCGACUAUGAUAGAUACCUUCACAGAUGCACAGCUUCAAUCCAAUCAGAUCUCAAGUACGGUACUCGAUUCACCCUACUCGUAUGACUACCAGACAGGUUCCUACAUAGAUUCACGCAACUAUUAUGGGAACUGGCCUCCGCCGCAUGCAACACACGCCACACAUCCAGUCGGUAUGGGCACGGGGGCACCGGGUACAGCAGCUGCACCAAUGGCACCACCGCAAGGCAAUGUACACCACACCACCACCGCCAUGCCCACAGCAGCUGCACCACUAACACCCCACCACGAUACGAACACCACAUAUGGCAACAAUUACAACAACCUACCUACUGCCGGCAGUCAACAGCUGACACAGGUACAUGAUGUACGCGGGGAGGUAAAGAGCCGCGGCAGUGAGGAGAAUCCGGACUCGACCACCAUAGUAAAUAACACUUUAGCUGAAAGUAAGUUGACCACACUCACUCCAUUGACACCAAUGACUAAUCUAACUCAACAUCAUCAUCAUCCUCAUCAUCAUGCUACGCCCAUCGAAGAAGGUUUCGUAAAACCUAAACCACCGGCAGACUAUCAGUACACACAGUACCCGAGCAACUAUCAAAUGUAUCCACCUCCCCAUUCGGCUUACUCAGCAUACGACGCUUACCAGAACAUGAACUACAACUAUGGCUAUCAUCAGGCUUACUCACCCUACAGUAUGUACCCCCAACAGACGCCGCCACCAACACCACCACCGCCAUCGCCUAACUGGAAUAUGUACGGCCACCAUCAGAAUAGCGCUUCCACUGCUGCAUAUGCUACCACUGUGCUGCCGUCGAAUGGUGGCACCCAUCAGCACUCUUCGUUAGCCACCAGCAUCCCGCAAGCACAAGCACAAAUGCCACUCACCAAUGGCAAUCUGAAGAACGUUCUACCCAUGCCAGUGAUACAACCCACACCCCCUGCUGACCCUCAGCAGCAACAGAUGCAACAGCAGGUGCAAGUUCAAACACCUUUGCCGGUGCAAACCCAACUACCCAUGGCACAACCACAGACGGUGCUGCCCGAUCUCAGCAAUACCAAUGCGCCCAUUCAAGCUACGCAGUUGAAUACUGAGCUUACCAACACCAAUCCAACAAUUGUUCCUAAUGUCACUUCACCCAUUGCCAAUACAGCCGUCGCAACGUCAAUGGCGGCCAUCAAUAAUGAUAGUAGUAAUAACAGUACUAGCAACAGCAACGACAAUGGCAGUCCAACUGCAACCACUUGCUCGUCAGCAGAGAAUGGUACUGCCGGCACUGGCACUACCGCCAAUACCAGCACAACAACAACGGGAACCACCACGACAGCUACCGCCGUAGCCACCACCUCCAACCCGAACAAGUUGGAGCCCAUUGGUGAAGUGACGGAAAUCAAUGACAAUUAUGAGGCUUUCGCUGAUCCACAAAUGGGUGGAGUGGCCAUAGCGCUCAAUCAUGGUAGUGUACUGAUCGAGUGUGCCAAGCACGAGCUACAUGCCACUACAGCACUGCGAAAUCCCAAUCGUCACGAACCGACGCGCAUGACACUUAUAUUCUAUCAACAUCGUAAUCUCAAUCGGCCUCGUCACGGUAUCGACGAGUGGGAAGAGAAGAUGCGUGUUAAGAAAAUUAAUACAGACCUUGAUAAUAAAGCCAAAGAAGAACGAGAAAAACAGCUGAAGAAAGAGCGUGACGGUGAGGAUGGUGAAGAAGAGGAAGAGAAUGCUGAAGGAACACUGACAAACGGUAGCACAGUACAGGGUAGCAAAAAGGACGGCAACAGCAAUGUACCGAACGGCAAUAGUAAUGGUUCUGCGGCAUCAGCGGAGACAACACCGACAGCACCAACUAGCGGAGCGACGACCGCAGCAAUACCAGCAGCUGCAACCACAGCGAAGUCCAAUGGCUCCAGUGGCGGUUCGGCAAGCAAAAAGAAAAAGGAUUCGGGCAAAAAGCGAGCAGGAGUUGGAGGCAACGGAGGAGCAGGAGGAGAAAGUUGCGCUCCACGCGCCAACAUUAACCACAACCUCUUGGACGACCCUCUUUCCUAUGCACCCGUGUGUGGUUACGGGACCCUACCAGGCGGGCAACACUAGUCCAACAGCGGGCGCAGCGGAAGCCGCAACUGUGCAACAGCAACAGCAGUUUGAUUUGCAGCAGCAACAGCAACAAAUGUUACAGCAGCGCCAAC